ACGAGGAAUCACUGCAGCGGCGCUGGCGGCCGCGGCAGCGGGGAGCGCGGGCGGGAGCGCAGCCCGGGAGGGAGGCGGGCGAGGCUCUGGCUCCGCUCACGUCUGUUUUCCUUUUUCGUGCAUUAUUUAUUUCGCCUCCGCCCGCGGCCCUGCUGCCGGAGCGGGUGCUCUGGGCCGGCGCCUUUCGCCCGCUGCUACCCGCGGGCCCCGGGCACCCUGCGCCCCGGGCAGCCGCCGGGCGCCACCGAGAAGGGCGGGGACCGGGGCGGUGCAGGGACCCGUGGCAGGGCUGAAGGAGGACUCGUGCGGCCGGCUCUCGGAUGAUCCGAGGACACUUUCCCCGCCCUCUGCCUGUACAGCCCGACCUGGACCACGGGCUCGGAGGUGGCCGCCUUUCCCGGCCCGCGCGCGGCCAAGCGGAGCCUGGAGCCCCGUGCGAGCGCGCCGCGCCCCGGUCCCCCAGAUCAGCUGCCCUGGAGGCCCAAGCCGCGUGCAAACUUUUGCUCCAGCGCCCCGCGCUUGUCCUCUGCAAGUGAAGCCCCCGAGCGCGCGCGCAGCCGCCAGGUUAGCUCACCAGUGGGCGCCGCGGGCCGAGAUGCUACUCCGGGACCUGGUGCUGCGCCAUGGCUGCUGCUGGCCCUCACUUCUACUGCACUGUGCUCUGCACCCACUCUGGGGUUUAGUUCAGGUGACGCAUGCUGAGCCCCAGAAGUCUUGCUCUAAGGUGACUGACAGCUGCCAACACAUCUGCCAGUGCCGGCCCCCACCCCCCCUGCCCCCUCCACCCCCACCUCCGCCACCUCCCAGACUACUCUCUGCCCCAGCUCCCAACUCUACCUCCUGCCCUGCAGAGGACAGCUGGUGGUCUGGUCUGGUGAUCAUCGUCGCUGUGGUCUGUGCCUCCCUGGUGUUUCUGACUGUCCUGGUCAUCAUUUGCUACAAAGCCAUAAAGAGGAAACCACUGAGAAAAGAUGAAAAUGGCACCAGUGUUGCCGAGUACCCCAUGAGCUCCUCGCAGAGCAACAAAGGGGUGGAUGUGAACACUGCGGUGGUGUGAACCUGCAGGCCCUGGGACCCACUGGCCAGAAGGGCACCGUGGUGACACUGGUGGACAUGGAUGACAGGUGGACAUGAGCUGACCCUGGACCUGUCCAGGACUUCGUGCUUCGCGGGCCUCGAGCCUCCUGAAAGAGAAGGCAUCCUCUUCCCAGGCUACCUCUGGUCACCCCAGGCUAGCCCUGGUCACCCCCGAGGGAGUGCAGCACCAACACCAGGCUUGAGCCAGGCUCCCCUGCAUGUGGCCCUUGAGCAGCACCACCACCCAGGGAUCUCCAUACCCUCCUCCUUGUCUCCUGUUGGGCGCACCGACUGUCACCAGUUGCUACCGAAAGCAUGUAUUCCAAUGAAAGCAGAGGGCCUGUCUGUCUGCCUGGGGCAGAGAGACAUCCCACUUUAGCCAGAAGAAAGGUGAUCCAGGGACUGCUCCCAUUCUGGAAGUUUCCUCUCCUGUGGGAAACCAACCUGCUUCUCUGUGGACAUUCUUACAAAAGCCAUCACACAGCCAUGAGACAAAUGUCCCCUUCCAAAGGUGCUUCCCACACAUCUGUCCAUCGCUGUAUCUGCCAUGGUCUUCCGUCUCCAGGGCCCGUGUCACCCUCUUUUGCCCACCCACAGCCUAGCCUGUGACUCCUUACUGCAUGCCUGCCUCGGGAAGCAGUGAGCUCAGCCUACAUAGUCCCCAGGGAGUGAACUCAGUGUCUCCCAGAUGCCCAGGCAGAGAGUGUCUCAAGAAAGUCAGAGGUCCCCUUUGCCCACUCUGACAUUCCACCCCUGGCUCUUCAGGAAGUAUCAGUGUGAGCCAGACCCUGCCUCACUGGACAGAGGUCACAAAUUGUGCCAAACCUGUAUGCCAGGCUGACGCCGGUCUAGUGCUCUGGGACCCACUUACCCCCAACGGUUCCCCUGAAGCCUAAAUUUGGUACUCAGAAAGCUCCCAGUAGAAAGUGGUCUUCUGUGUGUCCCGGAAGUGGCUUUCUCUGUGGGCCAGAACUCUUAAGGCACCAGAGCCCCCUGAGUGUGGGCAGAAGAGAAAGUGGAGAAGAAUCGUCUGGCCUUGAUACCCCACCCACCCACAGGCUUAUCUCCCUGGAGGCCACCCACACAGUGAGGCACAUUCCUUGACCCUUGUGAUUUUGUACCCCUUGCCCCCUCCCACUCCCCUCACCAGCCACAUGUACUUGCCUAGAAGGAAGCAAGCCUACUAGAGAGUAACGCCCCCACAAUAUAGAGAUUUAGCUGGUUACAUUAGCCUCCUCCUCAGCCACCAGAGAUCUCCGGUGGGUGUUUGUGCUACAUGAGAAUUUCAAAGCCAGGUAAAGCUGACAGGCACGAAAAUCAGUCCUAUGUGGCUGGGUGUCCUGAAGCUGCCAUUGAUCUGGUCCCGAGUCAAUAGGUACAGGUUAAGGGGCUGUCCGGGGCAUGGCACACCUCCUAUAAGUGAUGUUUGCGCUCCUUUGCUUGAAGACAUGGCACAGGGUUGCCAAGAUCCUUCUCUGGGGCUGCCCCCACCUCACCCAGGGGGACACAGGCCCUCCUCUUUGGCUGUGAUUCCAAGUGACGAAGAAGCAGAGGAGGAAGAUCAGGAACAGGCAAGACAAGGGUGAGAAGCCUGUCAGACUCUACCCUAGUGCCUUGUCUCUCAUACCAUCACCACCUUGAUCUAAAGUGAGACAAGGGACAGUCUCCUGGUGUCUGAUAGGAGGCCUGGCCCUAGUUGUAAACAUACACACCUUGGAGCCUCACAGGAGAGAGUAAAACACUUUUCCACUCCCACCUCCAGUUAUCAAGAUGCAGAAGUGAGGAAGGAAGGGGCACCUCUAGCUGGAUGGGGGGGGCGGUCCCUACUAUGGGGCCUGAAGGCUGGGCAGAGCCUGAGAUCUCCAUGUACCUAUGUCCAGACCUGGUUUAAACCUAGGAAGCACACAGUGUGUGUGCAUGUGUGUGUGCUAUUAGCCAGCAGGGACCACAGCUGAGACUGCACCAUGCUUGGCUAGUGUACAUGUAAAUUCUCUUUAGUGGGCUUGCAUUACCCCACCCCACAGUUAAGGGAAACCAAGGGAAGGGCCUAGAUUUUAAAAGGGUUCCCCUGAGAACAGCUUCUCAAGCCCCGGACUGUCCACUUAGAGAGUACAUCUCCCAUCACAGUAGAAGGCACUAGUUUUUAAGCCCACAUGGCUGUCACAUACAUAAAAUCAAUGGCAACCAAGAGCAUGAACUUAGACCUUAUUUCAAAGGGCCCUGCGUCAGCUCCACUAAGACCUGUUCUCAGUGUAGCCUGAAUGCAGAGGUCAGAAGCGAUGCCCAUGUCCACGCGAUUCCUCCGAUGUUUCUCACUGUGGUUAAGUCGUGUCAGAACUCAGCCAGCAUUGAGGGCCUCCCGGUUACCAGGUGUUUCUACAAGCCUUCUAGAGGACAUUUUGGAUGAAAGAACAGUAGAUGUAAAAAAAAAAAAAUAGGCAUAUUAUAUAUAGUUAUAUAUAUUUAAAGAGAUAUCUAUCUAUACAAAUAUAUAUAUAUAUAUAUAUAAAUACUGUACUCUCAUCUGUACAAAUAUGACCUAAACAGUCCAGGCAGUGUGUGACCUGCAGUGCAUGAAUGUAAAUACCAUGAACUCUGCCUUCUUAGCAGUGCGUGUGUAUGGGAGGCGACCGUGCCGCUGGCACUCUGGGCCUUGGUGGGCAGGUACACACGUCAAGACUCAGCAGCCCCUUCCUUACAUGGAAGAAGGC